CGAGCAGAGCAGCGAUGUGGCUUCUCCGCAGCCUGGCCUGGGCUCUCCUGAGCCCCGUCCUGGCCACCGAGCUGAGCCCGCAGGAAAGCUCCCUGCUGAAAUCGCUGGGUCUGAGCGCCAAGCCCAGCCCCAAAAGCCCCGGCCCGGUGCCGCCCGUGCUCUGGAGGAUCUUCCAGAAGAGGAAGACGCUGCCCUGGCCGGACGGAGAGCUGGAGUCCUGCAGGGUGGAGGAGUUUAAUGUCCCCGGCAACAUCGUCCGUGUCUUCGCCGACCAAGGCCGCUUCCUCCCCGAGGGGCAGCCCCAGGGGUGGCUGUGUCUGCGCAAGCUCCUGUUCUUCAACCUCUCCGCGCUCGAGGAGGGCGAGCGCUUGACCAUGGCCCAGCUGGAGCUCCAGUUCCACCACAACUCCUACCACUCCCCCAGCCCGGGGCAGGUUCUGGAGCUCCGGCUGUACCCGGCGUCCCCCCGGGGGCUGCCGCGGCCCGGCCGGAGGCCGCUGGUGGAGCGGUCAUUUGUCCAGCUGCGCAAAUCCCUCCUGUUCAACCUGAGCGCGGCGCUGAAGGACGGCAAGGUGCCGGGCAGGAAUUUGGCCUUGGUGCUGGAGAUAUCGGCCAGCGGGCGCGCCGGGGACAGCGGGACCCUGCGGAGCCUCUGCGCCAGCACCGACGCCUUCGCGGCCACCUCGCUGCUGGUGGUGACGCUGGGCCAGCAGUGCCAGGCUGCCCGCAGCAGGAGGAGCGCCCCGACCCCCGCGGUGACCCCCAGCCCCCUGUGCAAGCCCCGCCGGCUCUACAUCAGCUUCAGCGACGUGGGCUGGGAGAACUGGAUCAUCGCCCCCCAGGGCUACCUGGCCAACUACUGCCGCGGGGACUGUCCCUUCCCGCUGGCGGCCGAGCUCAACAGCACCAACCACGCCGUGCUGCAGACCAUGGUGCACUCGCUGGACCCGCAGGGCACCCCCCAGCCCUGCUGCGUCCCCGUCAGGCUCUCCCCCAUCUCCAUCCUCUACUACGACAACAGCGACAACGUGGUGCUGCGGCACUACGAGGACAUGGUGGUGGACGAGUGCGGCUGCAGGUAGCGGGGCUUGGGGCAAGGACGGACGGAGGGGUGGGAGAAAAUCCCCGCGCCGUGAAAUCCCCGCUGUGUUCGGGGCGUUUCGGGGCGUUGGGGUUCCCCUCCGUGCUGGGGUUAGGCUGGCGGCGCUGAUUUAGGAUUAGUUGGGACGGGGUUGUGGGAUUAUGACCGAGCCUGGUGCUGGUCCCUUCUCCACAGGGGAUGCUGGCGCCGGGCUGUGAAUCCCAGAUUUCCCCCCUUGCCCGUGCCGGGCACCCCCAGGGCCCGCAGCUUUUUGGGGUUUUGGCUGAACUCUGCGAUUUUCUCAGGGUAAAAAUGACUUUUCUGGGUGAAUCGGGGCCGGGGGUUCCCUAGGUGUGAUCCAGCUGCAGGGACAGGGAUGGGGUGACCAAAUCCCACCAGAGCCAGGCGGGAGCUGUUUUCAGGGUGUGGUUGGUGAUGGGGUGGUUUGGGGACAGGGCUUGCGUUGGGUGGCCAAAUGCAGUGGAGGUUUUGACUAAAAAAAAAAUGAAGGUUUUCCCUAAAAAUCGGAGUUUUUACCUAAAAAAUUGGAGAUUUUGCCUAAAAAAAUGGAGAUUUUACCUAAAAAAAUAGAGAUUU